AUAAGCUCGAUUUUAAAAGACAAAAUUAAAGACCAGCCCAUUUGAAGGCAAGGCAAAAGUGCAAAUGACCCUUCAAUUCGUUGGUAGAAAAUCUCUUCGAAAAAAGAUGUUGAUCUUUAUCUUGUCGCGAUCCUUUUCUGAAACAACAUAACUACAUCAGCUAUAGUGGUCAUUUACACAAUCUACUCUAAAUAUUGAAAUUAAAUAUAUUAUCGAGGUGGCUCUCAGCUUCCAAAGCUCAGCUAGGCGUGACAUACCUCCCAUGACAUGCCCAACUCUCAGUUUUAUUUUAUUUUUUGAUUUUAGAUGUUUCUUUCAGCACUUACUGUCCCUUCCUUUUCUAUUCAAGGUUCUCGUUAAGCCUAACUUAGUUUGCAUAAUUUACGAGAUUUUACGGGUCUAUACAUUAUAUUAAAUCGAUUAAUUUCAUUUUAGGAUUACUAGUUACAAAUUGAAGUUAAAUGAGUUUGGUGUGUUUUAAUUUGUUUUAAUGAAUUGAAGUUUGUUGUUUUUCAUAAGUGGUACCGGGUACAUAAUCAUGCCAGUAUGUUCAUGCCGAACAUAAAGCUUUAUGCUGUAAUACGUGAAUAAUUAUUGUACGAUUUUUAUUUAAUAUUAUGUUAUAAUGAGUCUUAAUAAGUACUCUGGCUAAGUGGUAAAAGUUUGUAUAAAGGAAUAGGGCAUAUGAUGUACCCCACUUAUUAACUAGUAACUAGUACUCUCUCCGGAUAAAAAAGAGUGACUAAUUAGUCAUUCGCACAUCUCUUGAGCAAAUACUAACUCGUAGACAAAAAUAGGUACUUUGACUAAACUGUCCCUAAUUAAAUAAGUAUUGCGAUUUGAUCACAUAACACUUAUGAAAAUUAAGAUUAAUUCUUUCUUGAUUUGAUAAGUGAACACUUUUUCCUUUUUUUUUUGGAGGCUCUCUUGACAAAGUGGAGAAAUAAUAUCUCAUGUGCCUCACACUUCUUUUCAUUUUUAUAUUUAAAAAUAAUCUAAUUUUAAAAGGACAUAUUUUAAUUUCUAAUAAAAUGAUUUAUAGUCACACAAAUAUCUAGGACUUAUUUUAGAUCAUAAAUUUCAAUUUUAAAAAUUCUUUUUUGAACUCCAUAAUCAAUCAAAUAGUGUGACAUAUAUUGAAAUGAAUGGAGAAACAUAUUAACAAAGUUAAUUAAAAAAAAAAAAGGAAAUCAUUAUUCGGAACCUUCUUGAGAAAUCCUUCAGGUCAAUCUCUUCGAAGACUAAAUACCAUAUAAGUCUUCCAUGUGAUACAUGUGGUCUUAAUUUUUAUUAUUCUACGAACUUCAUUUUUCUUUUUUGAAUUAUAUAAAAGCGCGAGAUGCACCAUCAUUUCUUCAUCCUCAUAUUAGCCCCAUCAUUGACUUCUCUUAUUCAUCUGUAGCUAGUUUCACAAUCUUCCACAUAUCAAUGGCUUCUCUCACCAACUCAAUUCUUACAUUCCAAACAAGUACACCCCAUCAACACGAAGGUGCUACUCUUAGACCCGAUGCAUUGCUUUCUUCCUCUUAUUUUCCUAUCCAAAGAGUCAAGUUAUCAACAAGAACACCUUCCUUGUCAUCUAAAACUAGCCAAUCACUCACAUCUAUCAUUAGUGAGCUUGAAAAAGAAAGGGACAACACGACGAUUGAUCAAUUUGAAGAAGGUGAAAGAACUAGUACUAGUUCUACUACAACGACGAAAAUUCAAGAACCAGAAUUAGCAGAUCGAUGGCAAGAUAUCCACGGUCAAGAAGAUUGGGUUGGCAUGCUUGAUCCAAUGGAUCCACUUUUACGUACUGAAUUAAUUCGAUAUGGUGAAAUGGCUCAAGCUUGCUACGAUGCUUUCGAUUUUGAUCCAUAUUCUAAGUAUUGUGGGAGUUGCAAAUUUCCACGGCACAGGUUUUUUGAUGGACUAGACAUGGCCAAUUAUGGCUACGAUAUCACACGUUACCUUUAUGCAACUUCAAAUAUUAACCUGCCAAAUUUCUUCAUGCAAGCUCGUUGGCCUAAGGUAUGGAGCAAAAAUGCGAAUUGGAUUGGUUAUGUGGCUGUUUCAAAUGACGAAACGUCUAAACGAUUAGGUCGCCGUGACAUAACAAUUGCAUGGAGAGGUACUGUGACUCGUUUGGAAUGGAUUGCUGAUUUAAUGGAUUACCUCCGUCCAAUUUCGGCAGACAAUAUACCUUGCCCUGAUCCUUAUGUCAAGGUGGAAUCUGGGUUUCUUGAACUUUACAUUGAUAAAGACGAGAAUUGCAGGUACUGCAAGUUUUCAGCAAGAGAACAGAUACUAACGGAAGUAAAAAGAUUAUUAGAAAUGUACCCAAAUGAAGAAAUGAGCAUAACAGUUACCGGACACAGCUUAGGCAGUGCUCUAGCAAUGUUGAGUGCGUAUGAUAUAGUGGAAACGGGUUUAAAUGUAAGGGCAGAUACAAGUGCUGUGCCUAUUUGUGUUUUCUCAUUUUCAGGGCCAAGAGUUGGUAACAUAAGAUUCAAAGAAAGAAUUGAAGAGUUAGGUGUUAAAGUGCUUAGAGUUGUGAACGUUCAUGACAUUGUUCCAAAGUCACCUGGUUUGGUUUUUAACGAGCACUCUCCGGCUAUGGUUAUGAAGAUAUGUGAAGGGUUGCCAUGGAGUUAUUCUCAUGUUGGAGUAGAACUAGCAUUGGAUCAUAAGAAUUCACCUUUCUUGAAACCUAUAAAUGAUCCUGUUUGUGCUCACAAUUUGGAGGCUCAUUUGCACUUGCUUGACGGAUAUCAUGGAAAAGGGAGAAGGUUCGUGCUUGCAACGGGAAGGGACAUAGCAUUGGUAAAUAAAGCAUGUGAUUUCUUGAAAGAUCACUACUGUGUUCCUCCCAGUUGGAGACAGGAUGAAAACAAAGGCAUGAUUAGAGAUAAGGAUGGCCGUUGGAUUCAGCCUGAACGUCCCAGAUUGGAUGAUCACCCUUCUGAUAUUCACCUUCACCUUAAACAUUUAGGUCUUUCAUCUUCUUGAUAAUGAAGGCGAAAAUAAAAUACCACUCAGAGCGCACUCGUUUAGAAAUAUUGGUAACCCACAAAGGCUCAUGGAGGAUUUAAUAUAUGCAAACUACACAGUUUGGUCAUGUACCAUGAACUGCCAGUGCACAUGGGAUUUCAUGAUUCCGAUCAAAUUAUCAUAGGUUGUAAAUCUCAACGUAUAUAUGUUAUGGUAACGAGUAAUGUUUGGAGAUUAAACAA